AUGCAGACACAGGAAGAGAAAAAAGUUUUAGAUAAAAAAUUUGACGUUUUAAAUGUUAUUAAUAAAACAUAUGCAGAUAGUUCAGAAUAUGAUUUAAAUGACACAUUAAUUUAUUUAAGCAAAGUUAUUUCACAAACAAAAAAUAAAAAUAAAGAAUUAGUAAAAAGUAAUUUUAGUAAAUUUGUAGAAUGUAGGAUUGUAUUAGAAGAAAUUUUACAAGAUAUAAAAAAAAAAGGAUUCGAUAAAGAUUUUUCAUCAGACAUAUUUAAAAAUAUUAAAUAUGUAAAAAACAAUUUUAAUCCUAUUAAGUGUAUCGAUAAUUAUAGUAGAAAUCAAAAGUUAAUUAUUAUAAAUAAAUACAAGACACUUUUUAAUAUAAAAUCUUUACUAUCGGGAAGUUUUGAUAAACAAGAAAGAUUUGUUGAAAUUUAUAAAGAAGCUAAACUUCAGUAUAAAGAAGUUGAAAAUUCAAAAUUUAUGCAGAACAUAUGGAAUUCAAUUAAAGACAUAACAAUACAAUUUUUAGAAAAAUUAUACGCACAGAUUACUGAUGAAAAGAAUAAUUAUAUGGAAGUGUUAUACAUUUUUAACUUAUAUUUUCAAGUAGCUGAAAUUAAAACAGAUAGAAAAAUUAUGAACACUUUAUUGGUAAAUUUUAAAGAAAAAUGCUUAGAUAUGCCAUUUACAAAUAAGGGUAUUUAUUUAAAGGAGAUUAAUUACUUUUUUUUAAAAACAAUAAUUCAUCUUGAUAAAGAUUUACAAAAAAAUUGCAUUAUUUAUUUAUUCCAAAAAAUUAAAUUGGUUUUCUCCGAGUCAAAUUUUGAAUUUAUUGAUAUUUGGAUAUUUAAAUAUACUAAUCUUUUACCUGAUGAUUUAGAAUUAGAAGUCAAAGAUGUGUAUUAUGUAAAUCUGAAAUCAUUAAAAAAAGAUAUUAUUGAUAAUUUUAUAGAUAAAAACCAGCUUUAUGAUUCUUAUAUUAAAAUAAGAAAGAUUUUAUAUAAAAACGAGAUGUAUUUAGUAAAUCAUAAGGUUUUAAAUAUAAUUAAAACAGAUUCGGAAAAUAUAACACUUGAGAAAUCAGAAGACAUUGAAAAGUAUUUUUUAGAGCUCAAUAGGUUUGAUAAAUUUUUACAAUCGGAAACUGAUGACUUUGACGAUAUAAAGCGUCAAAUUUUGAAUAAUAUUCUACGAAAAAAGAUUAGUGUUUUUAAGAACUUUUUAACAAGUACACAAAGUAAAUCUAAAAAAUUAAUGGAAAUUAUUAGGAUUAUUGACAAAUUACCAGAUUAUUAUGAAAUUAUUUUUAAGGGCGUAAUACCCGUUCUCGAAAAUGAUAAAGUAAUUUUGUUUUUUGUUAAUAAAAUACUAAAUAUUGAAGGUCCAAGUUUAAAUAAUCAACAAACAAGCGAAUUAGAAAACUUAAUGCCACAAUUUGGAUUUAUUUUACAUAAUUCUACUAUUUAA